AUGUCCCCCAACUUCGGGGUGGUGACAGAAUCUCCUGCCAACCCCUAUCUGCCUGGCAUGCUGCCUCCCUGUGGGCCCCCGUGGGUGCUGCUUUUCUCUCCACUCUCCUUGGGCCGGUGCUCCUGGGGGGAGGGUAGGAACCUGAAGGUGAAGAUGCUCGGGGGCCAGGAGAUCCUGGUGCCCCUGAGGGACUCCAUGCUGGCAUCCGAGCUGAAGCAGCAGAUCGCCCAGCAGAUCGGCGUGCCCGCCUUCCAGCAGCUCCUGGCCCACCAGGACACUCGUGAGGUGCUGCAGGAUGGGGUGCCCCUGGUCUGCCAGGGCCUGGGCCCAGACAGCACCGUCCUGCUGAUGGUGCAGAGCAGCAAAGACCCCCUGAGCAUCCUGGUGAGGAAUGCCAAGGGUCGCAGCAGCAGCUACAUGGUCCGGCUGACGCAGAGGGUGGCCGAGCUCAAGCAGCAAGUGUGCCAAAAGGAGCACGUGCAAGCCGACCAGUUCUGGCUGACUUUCGAGGGGAAGCCCAUGGAGGACGCGCACCAGCUGGGGGAGUACGGCCUCACCACCCUGUGCACCGUGUUCAUGAAUCUGCGCCUGCGGGGUGGCGGGGCAGGGCCAGGAGGGCCGCGGGGAGGGCGCCCCACUGAGCACCAGGAAUACAGUUGUAGCACCCUCUGUAGCACCAUUCUGCACCCUUCUGGGUCUAGGCGACGUAGGGUCCUCCCGAGGGGCCUCUGCUGCUGCUCACCCUUCAUUGUCUCCGGCCCAGAGAUCUGGGGCUGGCUUGGGUCGGGGUCUAAUCUGGACCCUCUGGGUCUCGGUUUACCCGCCUGGACCCUGCGGGAAUGUCUGGAGAAGCGCCUUGGGGGAGCCGGGGAGGGGGCGUGGCUGGCCGUCCACCGCAGACGCGAUCGCCGCCUCGGACAGCAGGGGGAGCCCGCAGCCCUGCAGAGGGGCCGGAGCUGA